AUGGCCGCCCUUCGCAGCAUUCUCUCAAGAAUGGAAGUAAACCAAUUCUGUUCAAUCGGAUCCGAAUUACUCAGCGGCCCGCUUUCUCUUUCCCUUGAAAAGUGGGAAGCGGCACUAGAGGCGCUGGAAAAGGCCAAAAAUGAUUCCUCCAUACUUCCGGCCGUGGCAUCCUUGUCGAUUGAUUCUGCGAGUACGUCUGUGCGUCACUACCACAAUGUCUACUCUAAAUGUGUGCGGUUGAUGGUGAUUCCUCUCCGUCGUUGGCAGCAAUGGCGUGAGGGACUGUGUUUUUUCAUGGGCGAAUCAUCCGGGGAAGAGGCAGCGCCGCUUGCCACGUUGUGUCGUCAAUGUCUUGUUUCCCAACAAGAAUGCUUUGCCGUGGCCUUUUGGGGAUGCUGGUCAAGUGUUGUCAUCCGCCUGGAGUUGCACAUGACGUCUCUUGCUGCUGCUGCGGCAUCUGAAGUGGGAGUAGAAAAGAGCAGUGAGAAUGGCGAUGGGGAAGUGUCUUUCGAGGAGGGAGAAGAAAAGGACGAGGAGGAGGAAGGAGUCAACACUGAAGAUGUUGACUUAUCCAUUCUUCGUCUCAGGCGCCGUUGCUACACUGAACUCUACCAAUUUCAACGCCUUGCUCAUGACGCCGCACACCUCUUUGGCUCUUACGCAAUGGUUGGUAGAGCCGAACGCCAGUGGCUCACGGACACAUAUCUGCUAGGGCGGGAUGAGAAGGCAGCGGAGGCUCUUGUUCGACGCAGUUUUAAACGGGAUUUUGGUGUUCCAUCCGCUGAUCUUGACAGUGGGGUGCUGCUCGAUGAGUACCAUUCCUUUGAGGUAAAUGAAGGCAAGGAAAAGGCGAUAGCGAAGCGGGCUCAGGACACUCUCAAGGGGGCGUGGUGUCUUAAGGCUCGUGAUGUCUUUGAACACGAGAUGAGGGCACAGAACGAGAGAACUUCAAAGGAAUGCGGGUCCGAUAAUUCCGGGAACAAUUCGUGUGAGCUGCUUGUCCGAUGCCUAAGAGAGAAAGUGGGGAGACCUGACUUGGCUUUUGCUAUGACAAUGCGCCGUAUUUUGGAAAACGAGCCUUUUCCCGCAAAGGUGGAUCUUGCGCGUGUGGAAUUUGCCCUCAGUCUGUUUCUGCAGUGGUUUGAGAAGUACACGCACGAGCGGCACCAUGGCGAAAUCCCACUCUUUACUACUGCAGACCUCUGGAGUUUUGUGUUGGAACGACAUACAGAACUUCUGAAGUGGGUAGUUUUUCAUUACUGUCAUGAUGAAGUUGUGGCGGAUUUGUCGAGUGCCUUGGAGGCCGUGAAGGCAGUGGGUUUCUCUGCUCGGCAUUGCCUUGAUGUGUAUCUUGCCGCAAUGGCCUCACGGCGUUUGUCUAAUGAUGUAAGGAAACAGUUUGAGGAGGAAGCAAGAAGGAAGGUACGCAAUUGGAUGGAGCAUACCGUGGUGAAUACAUUCCUUAGCGCUAUCCAAUCCAUUUGCUCUGAGGCAGCUGCAAGGGUGGCCGCAACUGCCGCAACUACUCCUUCGUUUGCUUUUUCCCCAGAAAUUAUUUCUGUUCAUAUAAAUGUUGCGAAGGCACAGUUGUUGCUUCUUUGCGAUGCGGCAUUCUAUGCGAUGGAUGCAAGGAGAAUAUUGCUUCCAGUUGUGGACGCCGGAUUUAAAAAGAUGAGUGCACUGUCUGUGGACACCGACCUUUCUGGCUUGUCGUGCUGGACUUUUUGUAUUCUCGGUGUGUUGAGUUGUCUUCGCCGUUCCGUAUGUUGCUUGAGGGAUGGCACUUUAGCGACGGACGAUUUGUUUACCGCACUUCAUUUACACUAUCGAACCCUGCAGCGGUUGUCACCGAGCUCUACGGCUGACCUUGUAACGGAUGCGUGGAUUGAUUUUCUUUCUGGUGAGGGAAGAGGUGCAGUUGUGGGUGCUCGUCAGGGGGGAAUUUUUGACAUUACUCGAGUACGGCAUGCUUUAAUUAAUAACGAUGACAUCGUGGAAGGAUUUGGAAAAGAAAAGGGGGGAAAGCGGCUGCGCGAUGAGUGA